AUCCGGGUUUCCCUCCUGCCUCUGCUCCAGUCUCUCUCCUUAUUUUAUUAGAAGCCAUUUUGGAGAGAGUUGAGGGUAUUUGGGGGAGCCGUGCGUGUGUCUCAUAGAAGUUUGGGCUCGUGUGAGCGGCUCCCCCUGUGUCUGUUGCUGCAGAAGGAGGAGUCGCUGCAGGAGGGGGUGGGGAAGUCGCUGGUGUUUCAUGUGUCCGGGCUCCUCAGUCUCACUCUCAUUUCUUUCCCACGGAGCCACAUUACAACUCGCCUUUAACCCUUUCCCUGGCCACGCGUGUUGCCGACCCCUCCCGACCCUCCUGUGUUUCCCGGGCGCUGAGCGAGGAGAGAGAGAGCGACAUUGUUGCGGCGGGGGAUUGGGCGACAUUGUAGCGAAUAAUCGGAGCGGCUGAUACAUUGUUGUUGUUGUAAAGGAAUUAGCUCGGCCGAAUGGGAUGUUGCGGCUCCUGCCUGAGUCGCUGCUGCUGCUGAGAGCGGCCGAUCCCCGCGGGAACAUGGGGGCUGCUGUGCCGCUGACUUUAGCGCUUCUUCUCGCAACUUUCCGCGCAGGCUCAGGACAUGAUGAAGUGGAGACAAGAGAGUGUAUAUACUACAAUGCCAACUGGGAACUGGAGAAGACCAACCAAAGUGGAGUUGAAAGCUGCGAAGGGGAAAAGGACAAGCGACUUCACUGUUAUGCGUCUUGGAGGAACAAUUCGGGCUUCAUAGAGCUGGUGAAAAAAGGAUGCUGGCUCGAUGACUUUAAUUGUUAUGACAGACAGGAAUGUAUUGCCAAGGAAGAAAACCCCCAAGUCUUUUUCUGCUGCUGCGAAGGAAACUACUGCAACAAGAAAUUUACUCAUUUGCCUGAAGUCGAAACAUUUGAUCCGAAGCCCCAGCCGAUGCCCUCCGUACUCAACAUUCUGAUCUAUUCCCUGCUUCCAAUUGCUGGUCUUUCCAUGGUAAUUCUCCUGGCGUUUUGGAUGUACCGGCAUCGAAAGCCUCCCUACGGACAUGUAGACCUCAACGAGGACCCCGGUCCGACCCCUCCGUCUCCGAUGGUUGGGCUGAAGCCGCUGCAGUUGCUGGAGAUAAAGGCUCGCGGCCGGUUCGGCUGCGUCUGGAAAGCCCGCCUGCUGAAUGAAUAUGUCGCUGUGAAAAUCUUCCCCGUCCAGGAUAAGCAGUCGUGGCAGUGUGAGAAAGAGAUCUUCAACACGCCGGGCAUGAAACAUGAAAACCUUUUGGAGUUCAUCGCCGCCGAGAAGAGGGGGAGUAACCUGGAGAUGGAGCUGUGGCUCAUCACUGCAUUUCAUGAUAAGGGUUCUCUGACGGAUUACCUUAAAGGAAACCUGGUAAACUGGAAUGAACUGUGUCACAUAACCGAAACAAUGGCUCGUGGGCUUUCCUACUUACACGAAGAUGUGCCCCGGUGUAAAGGGGAAGGGCACAAACCUGCAAUCGCUCACAGAGAUUUUAAAAGUAAGAAUGUAUUGAUAAGAAACGACCUGACGGCGAUAUUAGCAGACUUCGGGCUGGCCGUACGAUUUGAGCCUGGAAAACCUCCCGGAGAUACACACGGGCAGGUUGGCACCAGGAGGUAUAUGGCUCCUGAGGUUCUAGAGGGAGCAAUUAACUUUCAGCGAGAUUCCUUUCUCAGGAUAGAUAUGUAUGCCAUGGGGCUGGUGCUCUGGGAAAUAGUAUCCCGAUGUACAGCAGCAGAUGGGCCAGUCGACGAGUACCUGCUCCCUUUCGAGGAAGAAAUUGGGCAACAUCCUUCCCUGGAGGAUCUGCAGGAAGUUGUGGUUCACAAGAAAAUGCGCCCUGUAUUCAAAGACCACUGGCUGAAGCACCCCGGUCUGGCCCAACUGUGCGUCACCAUUGAAGAAUGCUGGGACCACGACGCAGAGGCACGACUUUCCGCGGGCUGCGUAGAGGAGCGUAUUUCCCAAAUCCGUAAAUCCGUGAACGGCACUACCUCGGACUGCCUUGUAUCCAUUGUUACAUCUGUCACCAAUGUGGACUUGCCACCCAAAGAGUCCAGUAUCUGAGGUCUCUUUGGUCUUUCCAGACUCAGUGAAUUUUUUUUUAAAAAAAACUCAAGAAUGCAGCUGCUAUUUUAUCUUGACUUUUUAAUAUUAUUAUUUUUUUUUUUCUUGGAUUUUACUUGGAUUGGAUCAAUUUUACCAGCACGUCAUUUCGAUAGUAUUAAAAAAAAACCACACAGAACAGACAUCUCAGCGAGCAUUCAGGUGCCGACUUAUGAAUGCCGAUAGGAGCAGGUACUUCACAACCUCAACAAACUCAUUUCUAGAGAAUGUUCUCCUGGUUUCCUUUAUCUCAGAAGAGCAGAGGAAAACCCUUAAGUCAAGCAAAUGCUGCAGAACUUUGUAGUACGCUGAAGACUGUUACAUUAGAUACACCUUCCGCAAACAAGGAUUUUAUCCCGACAACCAUAAUCACCCUCUUGGUUUAGACAGUGUGCUCCAAAAAAACACACAAAAAAAAUCAGUUUUUUUUUUUUUAACGGAUCUAACGGGUGUCUUUGUAACACGCAGAGGAAUUUGGAAGAGAAUGUUCUCAUUUGCGAGAACUUAAAUGUUCAGGAGGUUCUAGGUGUGGGCAGGGUAGAUUUGGGGGAGGGGGUUGCACUUUGCAGAAUCUGUCGAAAACCAUUAAUUGCUAUGGAGCAACUUCUCAGGUAAAUAUUCUAAAGGGGAAGGAUGCUUUUAUAUUCCAUUGCUGCGAGACAGCGGUACAGAGAAAGGAGUCUUUGAUGCUUUUUGGCUAUUGUAACACAAAAAUAGACUCAGUGUGAAAAAUCUUAGUGCACCAAAGGCAGUUUUUAUGCAAACACCAGUUUAUAAUAUAUAUAUUUGCUGCCUAUGACAGUACCAGAAUUUCUGGAUCAUAAUAUAUAGUAAUAUUUCUGCUGAGCAGAAUGAACCAUCAUGCUCUUGUGGCACAUGGUCCAAAUUUACCAUGGCCUAAGCCAGAGGUUUCCAAGCUAUGGAGCGGGCGACCUAGGGAGGUCCAAUAUAGGAUGAGGGCUUAUUUUCUAGACACCCCUGGAAGCCUAAGGGUGGCCAUGGACGUAGAGAUCCGCUCUUUUGACGAUGUCGCCAAAUGAGCAGAUCUCUCCGACCGGAGAGAUCUGGCUGACUUUCGGGCAUAUAUCGAUCAGGGAAGCCCGUCGAAUGGCCCCACACACGGGCCAAUAAACUGCCAACUCGGCCUGUCGCAAGCUUUUAUCGGCCCGUGUAUGGGGGCCUUUACGGUUAGGCAAAAGUUUGGUUUUGUCCUAGAUUUCAUGUUUUUGUUACAUCUGAAACCAGGUUAUCGGGGCUCUUACCAAACAUCAGACCACUUGGCUUGAAAAUCUCUGGCUGAGGCAAAAAGAUUCCAUUUCGUCAUUGGUGUAAGGCUCUCUUUCUCUGUAUUCUAAGUUUAAAUCUAGCUUAGUGCAUAUUCAGAGAACCCACAAGAUCUGCCAUAAUCUUGCUCAAGUCCGUGAAUUUUCUUGUUGCUGCUGAUUAUCGAACACUUGGAUACAUUUUAUUUUUUUUUGUUCAUCUGCAAAAACAAGCAAUGUUGUCAAACUACAAAAGCGUUCAGAUUUAUGUGGCUUCCGAGGCCGCUCUCUUUCUCUGCUGGAUCAACCACUGACUUGGGCGGUAGAUGUUGAUCAAGCAAAGGCUGGUGGCCAAUGUUCAGAGCUGGUUUUAGGGUAGGGCAGAAAGGGCAUUUGCCUUGGACCCCACAGUAAACUGUUAAAAUAACAAAGGAGAUACCAUGUUGUUUUCUGGUUAUUGUAUAUAUGUAUAGAAUAAACAUCCGGCAUGUCUUACCUGCUGCUUUCCAGCUACUGUUUGGUUUAACAAUAGGAUGGUUGCAGGUUAUACAUCCUGGAAUUAAUUAUGGGGUUCCAGCCUCAGUCUCUGCUCACCUCUAACUCCGGCUCUGCCGACUGAUAAAAGAAAGAGAGAAAAAAAAAAAA